AUGGCCAGCUUCAAGUACCUCGACAUGAACAAGAUCGACCCCGGCUGGGCACGCAAGCACAGGAUGACCCUUUGGGCUUCCGGAGUCAGCCCCUACAAGGUUGAAAAGAUCUGUGCCAAGCCGAGCUUCUCCGAGAUGGCCGCAAGUGCUGAAAAGGAGUACGCCAUCGACGAGGCUCUCGCCAAGGCCAAGGAAGAGGGCGCCAAAGAGGCUCUUCAGAAGGCGGCUGCCGAGAACAAGGCCGCUCAGAAGAACAACAGUGCCAAGCCAUCCGCCCUCAAGGACACCACUGUCAGCUUCGCCACUGCUCCCGCCAACAACAACGCUGGCACCGCCAAGGACGCUGACUCGGAGGAGAAGAAGGCUGGCUCUGGCAAGCCCAGCUUCACCUUCAGCGCUGAGGAGGACAAGCUGCUCUUGGAGCUCAAGAACGAGAACAAGUCCUGGAAGGACAUCGCUAAGCAGCUCAAGAAGCCUCAGGAUGCUGUGAAGAACCGCUUCAAGGAGAUUGGUUCCGACGACCAGAAGACCGUGCCUCAGAAGGAGUCCAAGGAGUCGAAGAAGGAGUCUAAGAAGGAGGCGAAGGAGUCUAAGAAGGAGUCGAAGGAGUCCAAGAAGGAGUCCAAGAAGGCCAACCGUGACAAGACCAACGGAAACUCCGCCACUCAGCCCGAAUUGCCCAACCGUGAGGCUGACCAGAGCGAGGAUUGGGAUCUCCAGACCAUCACCGAGGCCGACGAGGAAGACUACCUUAUCCUCUACCCGGACAGCGUCUUUGACGAGGAUGCGCUGGUCGCCAUGGCUCGUGCCAUGUACGAGGAUCACGAAAACUACUACCAGCGCAUCGUCAGCCGCAUCUACGACGCCACCGGCCAGCGUAUCAGCAUGUCCGCGGUCAAGCGCAAGGUCGCCGAGGCCCGCAACCAGCGCCGCGGUCACCACGAGACCGGCAACUGA